CGACGCGGACCGGAACACCUGCCGACACCGGGACACCGGGCCUGAGCUCCACGAACAAAGUGACCGAAACUCCGCCGUACACCUGCUGCCUCACCGGCCCCUCCCUCCGGGACAUGCGGACUAACAGAGUUCACCUGGUUUAGAGGAAGUUCGGGAGAAAGGUUCACGGACUCUGCAUCGGAGCAGAGACAGAGCCGUAGUUUGAUCGCGCAGAGAAACAGGAGCUGGAAGAUGUCUGUGAACGAGCUGUACACACAGUUCACCCGGGUUUGGAUCCCGGACCCUGAGGAUGUGUGGAAAGCUGCGGAGAUCACCAGAGAUUAUAGAGAAGGAGAGUCGGUUCUUCACCUCAAGCUGGAAGAUGAAACGCCUGUGGAGUAUCCUGUCGGUCCAAACAGGAACCCUCUUCCUUUCCUCCGUAACCCCGACAUCCUGGUGGGGGAGAACGACCUCACGGCCCUCAGUUACCUGCACGAGCCUGCGGUCCUGCACAACCUCCGAGUCCGCUUCCUGGAGUCCAACCACAUCUACACGUACUGCGGAAUUGUCCUGGUGGCCAUCAACCCGUACGAGCAGCUGCAGAUUUACGGAGAGGAAGUCAUCAACGCCUACAGCGGCCAGAACAUGGGGGACAUGGACCCACACAUAUUCGCUGUGGCUGAAGAAGCUUAUAAGCAGAUGGCCAGGGACGAGAGGAAUCAGUCCAUCAUCGUCAGCGGAGAAUCGGGAGCAGGAAAGACGGUUUCUGCGAAGUACGCCAUGCGUUUCUUUGCCACCGUGGGAGGUUCGACUAACGACACUAACGUGGAGGAGAAGGUUCUGGCCUCCAGUCCCAUCAUGGAGGCCAUUGGAAACGCAAAGACCACUCGGAACGACAACAGCAGCCGCUUUGGAAAGUACAUUCAGAUCGGUUUCAGCCGACGCUACCACAUCAUCGGGGCCAACAUGAGAACGUACCUGCUGGAGAAGUCCCGGGUGGUGUUUCAGGCUGAAGACGAGAGGAACUAUCACAUCUUCUAUCAGCUCUGUGCCUCUGCCAGUUUACCAGAGCUCAGAGACCUGGGCCUCACCAGCGCCGAAGACUUCACCUACACGUCGUUAGGGGAGAACAUCUUCAUCGAGGGCGUGAACGAUGCCGAGGACUUCAUGAAGACCAGAGAGGCCUUCGCGCUGCUGGGUAUAAAGGACAGCAGUCAGAGCAGCAUUUUCAGAAUAAUGGCCUCCAUCCUGCACCUGGGGAACAUAGAGAUCUGCUCAGAGAGAGACGGAGAGUCCUGUCACAUCUCUAAGGACGACGUCCACCUGAAACACUUCUGCAGACUGCUGGGGGUGGAGCUGCGGCAGAUGGAGCACUGGCUCUGUCACAGGAAGUUGGCCACGGCCUCAGAGACGUACGUGAAGACCAUGCCCAGCAGACAGGCGGCCAACGCACGCGACGCUCUGGCCAAACACAUCUACGCACGCAUGUUCGACUGGAUCGUGGAGCACAUCAACGUGUCCCUGCAGACGUCCUCCAAACAGCACUCCUUCAUCGGGGUCCUGGACAUCUACGGGUUUGAGACGUUCGAGGUGAACAGCUUUGAACAAUUCUGCAUCAACUACGCCAACGAGAAACUUCAGCAGCAGUUCAACUCUCAUGUGUUUAAGCUGGAGCAGGAGGAGUACAUGAAGGAGCAGAUCCCCUGGACUCUGAUAGACUUCUACGAUAAUCAGCCGUGUAUCGACCUGAUCGAGGCUCGGCUCGGGAUCCUGGACCUGCUGGACGAGGAGUGUAAAGUGCCGAAGGGAACGGAUCAGAACUGGGCCCAGAAGCUGUACAAGCAGCACUCCAGCAGCGCUCACUUUCAGAAACCUCGCAUGUCCAACACGUCCUUCGUCAUCAUACACUUCGCCGAUAAGGUGGAGUAUCAGUGUGAAGGAUUUCUGGAAAAGAACAGAGACACUGUGUACGAGGAGCAGAUCAACAUCCUGAAGGCCAGUCAGUUUCAGCUCGUAGCGGAUCUGUUUCACGAGAAAGACGACGCCCCGCCUCCGAAGACGUCCAGAAUAAACGUCCGAGCGGCAAAGACGGUCCCGAGAGCUCCCAACAAAGAGCACAGGAAGACUGUGGGACACCAGUUCCGCAGUUCUCUCCAUCUUCUCAUGGAGACUCUGAACGCCACGACUCCGCACUACGUUCGCUGCAUCAAACCCAACGACCACAAAGAAGCUUUCUCGUUCGACUCCAGGCGAGCGGUGCAGCAGCUCCGGGCCUGUGGAGUUCUGGAGACGAUCCGGAUCAGUGCAGCUGGAUAUCCGUCCAGGUGGACGUACCCGGAUUUCUUCAGCAGGUAUCGAGUGUUGAUGAGGAAGUGUGACGUGAGCUCAGCAGACAAGAAGCUGUCAUGUAAAAACCUGCUGGAGACUCUGAUCAAGGAGCCCGACAUGUUCCAGUUUGGAAAGACAAAGAUCUUCUUCCGAGCGGGACAGGUGGCGUACCUGGAGAAGCUCCGGGCCGAUAAGUUCCGCGCGGCCUGCAUCAGGAUCCAGAAGACGGUCCGAGGCUGCCUGCAGCGAGUCCGAUACCGCAAGAUCCGCAAGUCUGCCAUCACCCUGCAGAGAUACGGCCGAGGAUACCUGGCCCGCAGGUAUGCCGAGCACCUGCGUCUGAGCCGAGCCGCCCUCACCUGUCAGAAACAGUAUCGUAUGGCGAGGGAUCGACGGGCCUAUCUGAGAGUGAGACGGGCUGUCGUCACCAUCCAGGCCUACGCCAGAGGAAUGUUCACCCGCAGGAUUUACUGGGAGUUCCUCCUGCACCAUAAGGCCAUGAUCAUCCAGAGGAGCGUGCGCAGCUGGCUGCAGAGGAGGAAGUUCAGACGGGCGCGUAACGCCGCCAUCAUCAUCCAGUGUGCGUUCAGACGCGUGCGCGCUAAACGGCAACUGAAGCAGCUGAAGAUCGAAGCUCGAUCGGCCGAACACCUGAAGAAGCUCAACACAGGGAUGGAGAACAAGAUCGUCCAGCUGCAGAGGAAGAUGGACGAUCAGUCCAAAGAGCACAGAGCUCAGAACGAGCAGCUGAUGAUGGUGAACUCCGCUCUGGGCUCAGAGCUGAACAAGCUGCAGAAGGAGCUGCAGCAGGUCCGGGGUCAGCGAGGGGACGGAGGUCAGCUGACCUCCCUGCAGGACGAGCUGGCGAAGCUGAGGGAGGAGCUACAGCAGGCGUACGCAGACAGGAAGAGGCUGGAGGAGGAGCACGGCAUCGAGACACUGGGCCUGAGACAGAGGGUGGACGAGCUGGAGACAGAAAACUCUCUGCUGAAGACUGAAAAGGAAGAAAUGAAGCAGAGGAUGGUUCAGCAGUCACAGAGCACUGAAGGCGGUGACAGCAGUGUGUCUCAGACAGAAGUGUCCCUGCAGACUGAGCUGGACGCAGAGAGGCAGCGAUACCAGAAUCUGCUCAGAGAAUUUUCCAGACUGGAGCAGAGAUACGAGAACCUGAGAGAGGAUCUGUCUCUGUCCAAGUUCCACCCCGGCCACAGGAGGAACCCGUCCAAUCAGAGCAGCCUGGAGUCGGACUCUAACUACCCGUCCGUCUCCACCUCAGAGGUGGGAGACACCGAGGACUCCAUCCAGCUGGUGGAGGAAAUGGGCGUGGAGAAGGCGGCGAUGGACAUCAGUCUGUUCAUGAAGCUGCAGAAACGUGUCAGAGAGCUGGAGCAGGAGAGGAAGCGGCUGCAGAGCAGCGUGGACAAGAUGGAGGAGCUCGCCAAACGCAGGGGACCCGAGACCAGGAGUCCCACCUCUGAGCAGGAGGCUGCAGACCUGGCCUACAGUAACCUGAAGAGACAGGAGCUGGAAUCAGAGAACAAGAAACUGAAGAACGACCUGAACGAGCUGAGGAAGACCGUCGCAGAGCGAGCCUCUCAGAACAGCUCGUCCAACGAGCUGCGGGACGGCUACAACCUGCUGCUCGGUCAGCUCAAAGCAGCCAACGAGGAGCUGGACGCCCGCAAGGAGGAAGUCCUGAUCCUCAGGACUCAGAUCGUCAGCGCCGCCCAGCUGCAGGAGAAGAAUGAACAUGUGCAGGAGGGUACGGACAGCAGAGAGCCUGUGGACAAAGAGGACGCCCUCACAGCGUAUCACGGUCUGUGCGAGUCCAAAAAGCUGCUGGAGGCCCAGCUGCAGUCUCAGUCCAGGCAGCACAGCGAUGAACUGGAAGCUCUUCACACUCAGAUCGAGCUGCUGAAAGACGACAUCGAGAAGAAGCAGGAGAUCCUCAACUACACCAUGUCCCUGUCUCCUGAGGCUCAGGUGGAGUACAGCGUCCAGCAGGAGAUCACACGGCUCACCAACGACAACCUGGACCUCAAGGAGCUGGUGGAGAAGCUGGAGAAGAACGAGAGGAAGCUGAAGAAGCAGCUCAGGAUCUACAUGAAGAAGGUCCAGGAGCUGGAGGCCUCUCAGGCUGCAGCUCAGACCAGCAGGUCCAGACCUGAGCUGAGCCGCCAGGUGACGGUCCAGAGGAAGGAGAAGGACUUUGAGGGGAUGUUGGAGUACUACAAGGAGGACGAAGCCCGGCUGGUCAAGACUCUGAUCACAGACUUCAAGCCCGACACGGUGUCAGGGACUGUCCCCUGUCUGCCGGCGUACAUCCUCUUCAUGUGCAUCCGCCACGCCGACUACAUCAACGACGACCAGAAGGUGGAGUCUCUGCUCACGUCCACCAUCAACGCCAUCAAGAGGGUCCUGAAGAAAAACAACGAUGACUUUGAGAUGACGUCCUUCUGGCUCGCCAACGCCAGCCGACUCCUUCACUGCCUGAAGCAGUACAGCGGAGACGAGGUGUUUGUGAGUCAGAACUCGGCCAAACAGAACGAACACUGCCUGAAGAACUUCGACCUGGCCGAGUACCGACAGGUGCUGAGCGACCUCUCCAUCCAGAUCUACCAGCAGCUCAUCAGAGUGGCAGAAGGCAUCAUACAGCCCAUGAUCGUGUCGGCCAUGUUGGAGAGCGAGAGCAUCCCCAGCCUGGCGGGCGUGAAGCCGAUGGGAUACCGGAACCGUUCGUCCAGCAUGGACACCGACGGCGGCGGCCCCAGCAGCUACACUCUGGAAGCCCUGAUCAGACAGCUGGGACAGUUUCACAGCAUCAUGAGGGACCACGGUCUGGACCCCGAGAUCGUGGGUCAGGUGGUGCGACAGCUGUUCCACUGCAUCAACGCCAUCACCCUCAACAACCUGCUGCUGCGCAAAGACGUCUGCUCCUGGAGCACCGGCAUGCAGCUCAGGUACAACACCAGUCAGAUGGAGGAGUGGCUCAGAGGAAAUAACCUGUAUCAGAGUAAAGCUGCAGCCUCUCUGGAGCCCAUCAUCCAGGCCGCUCAGCUGCUGCAGGUGAAGAAGAAGACGUCUCAGGACGCCGAGGCCAUCUGCUCGCUCUGCACCGCCCUCACCACUCAGCAGAUUGUGAAAAUCCUGAACCUCUACACGCCGCUGAACGAGUUUGAGGAAAGAGUCACUGUGUCCUUCAUCAGGAACAUUCAGAAUCGUCUUCAGGACAGAAACGAUCCUCCUCAGCUGCUGGUGGACACCAAACACACCUUCCCCGUCCUCUUCCCGUACACGCCCUCUGCCCUCAGCCUGGAGACGCUGCACAUCCCGGCGUCCAUCGGCCUCGACUUCCUCAUCAGAGUCUGACGUGUCUCACAGAUCCAGCACAGACAGCGUUGGAUCCGGACGUUUGUUUCCUCCUGAUCUCAGUCUUUGUCUCUUUGUGUCACGUUGAGCUUCAUUUCAUUUUAUCAGCUUCUGCAGACGACACCUGGAAAACUCAGGUAAUCCUGUGUCCUCACAUUAGAUCCACCCCGAGGACUCAUCUGUCCUCAGAGUCCAGCUUCACUGGGCCGCUGGUCGUCUUCUGCUGUUCUGAUGUGGGAGAUAGAAGCGAAUAGAAAGAACAGUGUCCUGAAGAAGGUCAGUGUGAAGCGUCAGAAAGCUCUGGAAGCACAGAGAGACUGUGACAGAUCCGUGUUUCAGGAUCCACGAAUAAAAACAGGCUCAGGUUCUGCAGCAUGGUCUCUGAGAACAGGAGGGAGAACCUGCUCCGUGCUCGUUCCACAUCAUCAGCUGAUGAUACUGAGACGAAUGAUAAUUAAUGAGAAUAAUAAUGAAACCAAAUGUAAAACAGCUGUUUAACUUUGAACCAAAGUUAUUUUCAGUAAAGACGAAGAGACAGGACGAGACGAAGCAGAGGACCCCUCCGUGGUUUUCGUCAGUGGAUCAUGAAACACGAGUUUGUCUCAGAGCAGAUGUUUGAAUGGAGCCGAGGACACGAUGUCCAGUUCUUCAUGGACUGCUCCUCACAGGUGUGAAGUCAUGUGAUCAAAGAGCAGGUAGAGUUUCAGCCCAAUGAGGUUUAUCCAUAUCAAUCGUUUCCUGUUCCUCUGCUCAGUGAUCAGAUCACGUUUGUCCAGAGUCUCUGUAAUGUUCGGAUCUGCGUCGUUCUUCCAGCUCAUCGACCGUGAGCUUUUCUUCUUUGUGUGAUUUGUGUGAUCAUGUGAUCGGGGUCAGGGUUCACUGCUGUCACUGGACACACUGACUGGACCGAACCACGAUGAGUGGACAGUAACUUUGAGUCUAAUCAUCCUUUGCUUGUAGAGACGCUGAUUGUAAGACGUUAGCUUUGGAGCGGAGAGUUUUCCUGCUGUUGAAGAAUCACUGAUGAAGAUGAAGCUCAGGCUGGAUGUUUGAAAAGCUUCAGCACAAAAUGUUUUAUCUGCUUUGUGGGAAAAUUUCAGAUGGAAGCUGAAAACUGAGCAUGUUGGUUUUAUUCCAGGAAAAGUGUCAAAGUUUGAUGUAAACGUCUGAACGAGACUCUGUUCUGAUGCUGAGUCACAGUUAGCUGAGUAAAACACUUUGUUUUUACAGUUUCAGUAAAAAUGUUUCUGAGAAAAUGUGGAAACGUGUUUAAUGUAAAACCAGACUGAUGGUCUGCAGCUCUGCUCGAGCUACGUGCUAAUGUUAGCAUGCUAACAAGCUGUAAUGUUCACAGUCCUGAUGUGUUAGCAUGCUAACAUUAGCUAGGGGUCCAGCUGAGGCUGAUGGGAAUGUUUUUCUGCAGGUAUCGUGUUGAAAUGUGGCCUGAUGGUGGCGCUGGAGCAAAAGAUUCACAUGUUUUACACAUGAAGUUACUUCCUGCGCUGAGAGGAAAAAAAACGCAGAUCAAACCACUGAAGCGUUGAGUUUUUAAAAUCAGUGGCGUCACUGAACAGGAGCCGAGGACUCGCUCAGACCAGAUACCGGAUCGGUCAGUGGUUUACCAGGAGGUGAGAGGGCAGCAGGAGGCAGUGUGAUGGUCUGUGAUGGUUCUGUUGGGUUCUGUCAUUCGUGACAGACCAGCUCAGGUUCCCUCAGGUUCCAGCUCAGUCUGAUCCAGCUUCUGUCCACAGAGGAUCCACCUCAGAACCGGUUUAAUGUGAAUCGAGCCUGAGAUCUUCAUACUGUCUGAUCUGUGGUGGACCUCAGCUGUCAGAGGAAGAGUACCCACAAUGCAUCAGAGUGGCCCCUGUCAGCUGCUGGUUUGAUGAGAAACUCAAUGGAUCCACGACAACUAACUAACUUCUUAACUAACUCAUCUAACUCAUCUGAUCCUGAGGAGAAAUAAACGUUUCCCUGUGAAACAUAAUGAAGGAGAAGAAUAAAACAAAGUGAAUCUACUUCAUCUGCCCCCCCCACCCCUCCCAUCACCCCCCGCCCACCCCCCC